ACAAACUGCUGUCAAAGAUGUCAACCUUGAGGGAGAAGAUCAUAUUGCAGGGCCAUCAGGAAUCUGAAAGCAUCAAGGAAGUAGUGAAACGCUACGAAGAUACAAACAGAGAUCUUUGUGCACUACUAACUGUGCUCUACACACUGCAUCGGCCGGUGCCAAAGUCGAAGGGCGUAAACUGUAGCAGAUCUGCAGCAGUACACUACCUUGUACAGCAUGUGCCAGAAGGAACAAGCAUCAAAGAAGCCAUCAAUCAUAUCAAGCAGACAUACAGGCAGCCCCUCAUAGUGGCCAUCGGGAAGGAGACAGGACAGCAGCAAUACUUCCUGUGCCUCGAUAGUCUGCCUUUCAGUGCUGGACAGACGAUCGUAGAAGCGUUCGACAAGCUAUUCAAGAGUUUCUUCGUCUUUAAUGUACAUUAUCCGGACAUCCUCUCACAUUUCUAUGAUUUCUUUGCGGCUUUUGUCUAUACGAAAUUUGGCCCACCCAUAAGGUGAAGCCUAUGGUGCGUUCCUUCGCAUGUUCUAUCAAAUCUACAUAACUUAUAUACUUUGUCAACCAUUUCUCUUUCCCAUGCUCCCAACUUAAUUCCUGAUAGUAGGAGUGGGCUAUAAAUGGGUGAUUUUUUGUUUUACCCUGGUAACA